GUUCCAAGCGUGUGAUAAAAAAUUAAAAAAAAAAACCCCGAAUGUCCCAAGCUUCAACUUCUUCUGAUGUCUCUCUACAAAACCACUCUCUCAAAGCUCUCUCCCCGAGCACAUCCAACCACCAAGAGCGCGCCCUUCUUCGUAUUACCUACUUCUGUUCUCUCUCUCUCUCUCACACUCACUCACUGUUCGAUUCUAUCAUUUCUUCAAGGAAAUGAGUUGGUCGUCAAGUGAUAAUUUUUUCGUCAAUGCAAGGUUAGAGGUCUUCUCAGCCGACCUUCUUUCCGAACCAUUAGAAUUGACACGGAGCACAGGUGUCAUCUAUGAUGGGCCGAAGGGUGAUGAUUUCUUGAGGUUCUUGCGCUCUAAAAACUUUCGAAUAAACCGUCAGGGAAAGGCUAUUGUAUACGUCCAAAAACGCAAUGGUGAUGGUGAAUUUCUUGAAUGCCUAUAUGAUAUCUUCGUUCUAGAAACGGUGGUACCAUUGGGCCCUUUCGGUUUUCAAAACGUACCAUUUCCAAAGCCGCAAGAGGUGAUAGAAUUACAAAGCCUCCUGGACAACACCAAGUCUGAAUUGAUAAAAAAGAAUGAUGUGAUUAAGGAAUUGAAAAGCAACCUGGACAAUAACAAGGCUGAAUUGGCAAAGAAGAAUGAUACACUUAAUGAAUUGCAAAGCCUUCUGGACAAUACCAAGGUUGAAUUGGCCAAGAAGAAUGAUGAGAUUAAUGAAUUGCAAAGUCUCAUGGACAAUACCAAUGCUGAAUUGGCCAAGAAGAAUGAUGCACUUAACGAAUUAACGAAGCAAAAGAUUGAUCAGGAUUGGAAUCGGGAACAAUUCCGACUAACUAUGAUUGCAAUCACAGACUCAAUGAUGAGAGUGUUCAUUGACUUUGGCCUUGAGCCACCAGCCAGUGGAGAUCCAGAAUCUGUCUUGAGGUUUCUUGAGAUGUUACGUGAUCUGAUCCUUCACAAAGAAUGUGGUGCAACUUUCUUAGUAGCCGCAAAUGAGAUUCUAGCCUCGAUGGCUAACAUAUUUGAGAAACGCACUGGCUUAAGCAUUGGCAUGGAAACAACGGAUAGUACUCCGAUGACUCCAGCCAGUCUCAUUAAGAGUCUAAGUACCUUACGAGUCUUUAUGGUGGAUUCACACUUCUUUAUCGAUGGCAGUGUUCUAGUGAAGGAUUUUCGUCUAAUGGACGAAGAAGACAUCCCAAUUAUAUUCCGGGAUUCUACAGUAGAAGUGGCAGAGCUGAAGCAGAAGGAGAUAGGUGCGAAAACAAUCGACAACAUUGAUAGAAAGAACAUCUUCUAUGGGUAUUUUAACAUUCCAACAAUGGGGAUGUUCAAGGGUGUUUUGACAAGAGUUCACGUCACUCUACCGGAUGAGAUCAUGGUGAAACUUCAAGUAGGCAAACAUACCCUUAUUAAUGAUAAGCGGUUUUGGUUUGUCUAUGCCAACGGGGCUGGUAUAUUUCAAAAGGAGCUUUUGAGUCUUGAAGAUUUCAAAUUCGCCCCUUCUCGAGCCCUAGGUGAUCAGAUUGACUUCCUAGGGUUUUUGCUUAGGAUGAAUCGAAUCUUCGUUAAUGAGAAGGGGACAUAUCUCAAGUUUGAUUUUAUUGCUGGCAAGUAUUCAGGACCACGGGUUUUUCUUAAUAGUAUGAUUCGCUAUUAUAACAAGGAUGGUGGAAUGUUUGCUCCUUUCAAGUUGGUGCAAUUUGAUCUGAAUACACGUACACCGGAUCUUGUACAACGAGAAGUUUUUUUACCUGUGUCAAAUCCUAGUUUUGGGGAUAAAUAUCCCUCUUGGAUUGUGAAUGAAGCUCUGGGCUACGACUGUGCUUUCACGUUCAAUGAAUUUUGUUUCAUGGGGAAAAUAACAAAAGUCUUCGGUACUUUUCGUGAGAAUGCUCUAGUCCGUGUGUUCUUCGAGCAAACCCAACAUGGUGAGAGUUGUUAUGUUGACGCUUUAGCAACAACUUUCUUUGUUUUAAAAACAGAGAAAGUAAAUUCGUGGGAUUUCAUUGAUAAAUUGAACGCUCCAAAAUUUGUUUAAAAUGACCUAAUAUUUAUUUUAUGUCUUCAUUUAACGAAUAUGAUGUAUACACUAUCAUUAUAUAAUGGAAUAUU